AAAAUAAAAUUAACCAAUGAAAAAUCAGCAUUUGACAAGUAUCGUCUAUCGAAGUAAAUAUUGUAUUUUAUUUGUAUGACUAAGAGUAAGAUUGUUAUUGGCUAGCCUACUUCGAUAAAAAUCCCAAUUCAUAUAGUUACAGGUUAAGUUAUUAUUCUGGCCCAGAAUGAUUGAGACAAUAUUUCACCUUUGACUAGGUCUCUUCUGAGACAACACAAGUGGAAGGGUGUGUUGAUCAUCAGAUAUACACAGAAAAUGGAUAUGUUGAACAAGCUUCGCAGUGCUGUAAGUAGUGCCCUGCCAGGAAACCCCUUGUCUAAAGACUUCGAUGUUUCUAACCACAUCGCCUCUGGAGGACCGGAGCUCUCUUGGAAGAUCUACAAUGCUGUUAAGAAAACUACAAAACAGGAGGCAGCAGUUUUUGUGUUUGAAAAGAAACUCUUAGAAAAAUACUCAAAGAGAGACCGAGAGUUAGUGUUAGAGUCACUGAAGAAGGGUGUAUCUCAGCUGACGAGAUUACGACAUCCAAAGAUUCUGUCGGUGCUUCAACCUCUAGAGGAGUCAAGAGAGGCUUUAGCUUUUGCCACAGAGCCAGUUUUUGCCAGUCUGGCGAAUGUUCUGGGAGAUUACAGAAAUGUACCCUCUCCUGUACCCUCAGAACUGACAGAGUUCAAGUUAUUUGAAGUGGAAAUCAAGCAUGGUGUCCUACAAGUGACAGAGGGGUUGGGAUUUCUUCACAAAGAUGCCAAAAUGAUGCACAACGGCGUGUGUCCCUCCAGUAUUAUCAUAAACAAGUAUGGGACGUGGAAGCUGGCUGGUUUUGAUUUCUGUAUAACCAAUGUCAACCAAGAAAACCAGAGUACCCUGUUUCCUUGUCGUGAGUGGGACCCAGACCAUCCACCAGUAACCCAGCCUGACCUAGAUUACAUGGCCCCGGAGUACUGCCUGACUCUGAGCUGUAGUGAGGCCAGUGACAUGUUCUCUCUGGGGGUGUUAAUCUACUGCAUCUACAACCGCGGCAAACCGCUGUACGAGUGUCACAGUCAGCUGUCUCAGUUCAAAAAGUUCACAGAGGAGCUGAGGAAAUUCAGAUCAUCUCUAUUGGGGAGUGUUCCGGAUAGUCUCCAGCAAUAUGUGAAACUACUCCUAAACACCGAGCCUACCGUUAGACCAGAUCCCAGUCAGCUAAUGAAGGUUGAUUUCUUUGAAGAUGUUGGAACUGUGACUCUGCAAUUUAUGGACACAUUAUUUCAACGAGACAACUUGCAGAAAUCAGAGUUCUUCAGGGGACUCCCCAAAAUAAUGAAAAACCUGCCAAAGCGAGUGAACCAGCAGCGGAUAUUACCACCCCUGGUGAAGGAGAGCGUGAAUGCCGACAUGGUUCCCUUCAUUCUCCCGAGCCUCCUGCUGCUGGCCGACCAGGCAUCAGACACAGAGUACAGGAAUGUCAUAUUCCCGGGACUCGUUCCUCUCCUCAAGAUUAGGGAUCCCAUACAGGUAUCUUUGAUCUUUAUGCGAAACAUGAAGUUACUGCUGAAGAGGACUCCUGCAAGUGAAAUAACCAAUCACAUUUUACCCAUGAUUCACCAGUCACUGGAGGCAGACAACUCUCAGCUGCAGGACAUGUGUUUGGAUAUAGUACCAACAUUUGCCGGACUGAUAGACUUUUCUGCUCUGAAGAAGUCCAUUCUUCCACGAAUAAAGAAGAUCUGCCUCUCCACAAACACUUUGUCAGUGAGAAUCAACUGCCUGCUGUGUAUUGGUAAGCUGUUGGAGUACAUGGAUAAAUGGUCUGUGCUGGACGAUGUACUCCCUCUCCUUCCUCAAAUCCCCUCACGUGAGCCGGCUGUGCUGAUGAGCAUCCUAGGUAUUUACCAAGUGACUAUGUCCCAUGCCAAACUUGGAAUCACAAAAGACAUGCUGGCUACUAAAGUUUUACCAUUUCUCAUUCCACUGAGUAUUGACAGUAAUCUGAAUUUAUCACAGUUCACCACCUAUAUAACAACCAUCAAGGAUAUGAUUAACAAGCUGGAGACAGAACACAACGCCAAGCUAGAACAACUCGACAAAAUGAGACAGGAACAAAAAGCUGUGGAAAUUACAAAAAUAACAGGACAAGACAUAAAGCCGACCAAAGCUGAGGAACCAAAGACCAUGAUGGACCAAUUCCUGAGUGGGUAUGGUGUUGAACAGUCCAUUACAAAUAACACACAGAGCCCCGGACCUACACGAUCUUCAGUUUCAUCUGCUGCAGCAAAUAACAGUGAAUCGAAACCCAAUGUCUCAAAGGCACUCACUUUAGAGGAAAAGCAGCGAUUAGCUCAGGAACAAGAACAACAGAGAAGAUUUAAAGAGCAGAAACCUUUGACAGUGUCUACCAGCAAAACUUCAUCUACCGGUAAUGUGACAAGGUCACAGCCUAGAGACUUGACUGCUUCAUUAAUGAGUGCCAGUACAGUGGGGUCACCAGGAAUGAUGGGAAAUCAAGGAAUGCUGGGGCAAAAUAGUUUGAAUUCAAAUGUUAUGCAGUUUUCACAUAGUGCAUCCAAUACUAGUGGAUUUCCAAAUUAUUCAGGGGGACGAACUCUUGGUCAGACCUCAGGAAUUCGACCCACAGCAACAACAAAUACCAAACAUUCAUUUGAUUUGUCAGGUUUUGACUCUCUUCUUCCAAAUUCAUCACAACAAAAGAUGUCCACGAAUCAUAUGCAAGGUAUUCAGUCUCAAGGGUCUUCUCAUUCUACAAGCAACUCAUCAUUCAAUUCAAUGAACAAUAUGAUGAAUCAGCCAAUAAGACCACAGACUCUAUCAGGUCCCAGUAGGAUGCCAGGACAGCAGGGAAUGAUGGGUACCACAGGAUUUAUGGGACAGCAGGGCAUGAUGGGAGGUCCAGGAAUGAUGGGUAAUCAGGGUUUUAUGGGACAGCAGAAUAUGGCAAGACAGCCAAUGAUGCCGACACAAUUAAACAUGCCAAUGAGCAGUAUGAAUUUUUCUCAAAGUCAAGGAUCCAGUAACAUACAAAAUUCUAAUAUUACUAGCAAUGAUAUAUCAGAUAUAUUUGGGUGAUUUGUAUCAUUGGAAAUGCUGACUGAGAUGUGUAUGCACAUUUUGUGAACUGUUAUCAUCACAUGUAAUUUGGACGGACUUUGAAUUAUUUUCUGUGUAGAUUUUUUUUUUUAUAUACUUUUGUGUCGGAAUAAAACUAGGUUAUCCAAUCUAUUAUGCUAGAAUAUUAAUAGCACAACAUAUGGUGUACCCAAUAUGGUUAAAAUGUAGUCUAUCAAUUCAAUUCCACAAUGUAGAUUGUAAUGCCCUUUCUCUUGGUUAUUUAUGCGAGUAAAUUUGGUAUUGCUUUUUCAUAUUGUUUGUUUAUUGCAUGUUUUCUCUCUGCAAUGGUUUGUGCAAUAUACAUUUCCACCCAAGCUUUUAUUAUAAAAAAGGUACAUGUGUUUUAAAUUGUGGAGACAUUUUUUAGUGUUGAACGGACCAAAAGAUUUUGUGAAUGAUUGUAAACAAUGGUUGGAUGUUAUGACAGAAGUUUUCUUAGGUUCGGGAAAUGUUUAUGAAUUUUUUUUUUUAAAGAAAAUUCAGUUUUAGAAGGAAGAGGCAUCUCAUGAAGGCAAGCAUAUUGAAGUCGAUGUAAUUUCAUGUUGAAGCAUUGUUGACAAGUUCUUUUAUAUAUCAGAUACUUUGUUAAUGAAAACUGUGAUAAAACUAUUAAAUCAAUGACUAAUUUAUACUGAG